AUGCUUCCAGUGAGCGGGACAGCAGACUGGAGCCGAAAGUAUCAUGAAAAGAUGAAGGGAAAGACAUACUGCUUCCGAGAUCCAGCACGCAGUCCGAGAUCCAGCGAGGCGCGGCCGCGGGCGGGCGCGUCCUCACCUCCGGCUCCACCCUCACGGUGUAGCUGCCUCUUUAAGAAUCGGCGCCGCAGGCUGGUCGGCCUGGUGCUCACGUGA